AUGGGGGCAGCGGUGGACGACAAGCCCCCACUUCACAGGGGCGGGCGUCAGACCCGACAGAAAUCCGCUGACGCCUUGAAGCAACUACUUCUUUGGAAGGAGGGCGGACGCCACUGCAGUCUCUCUUGUCUUUUUCGUCUUCCUUCCAGCGCCAAAGCGGUCUUCGUUCUCGGCUGCUUCGUCUACUUGUCAACGUGUUGCAAACCGAUCUUGUGUACAGACGCCCCAGAAGCGUCAAGCGUUCGACAGAAUUUCUCCACUAUCGAAACGACGGAGAAUGUCGAGCAACAUGCUGUCAGUGAAAUAAAUUCCAGUCAAAACUCGGAAGGCCCUUCUGCCGGUCUAGCAGAAGCGGAAGGACGAAACAGAAGUCAGGGCACCGAAGGGGAAAGGAGUGUUCCGUCAAACCGAGCAGGGCGAGAAAUUUUGCUUGACCGUCACGCAGCAUUUCCAAAAGCCAUCCGUGUUGGAGAAAGAUUCGGGGAAUUGGAGUUCAGUCAGCCGGGGAAGAGCCGCGUGGUGCAAGAAUCCGCAAGUUCCUCCCGUUCCGUCUCGGUAGUUCAGCACUCUCCUUUCAGGGAUACAGGGAACAGUGACGACCAUUGCGACGCGUCCAUCGACGAGGACAAAAUUUUAUUUCUAAGGCAACACAAACGUGGUGGUGGCUACGUGAGAGUGCCUGUGUUAAUUAGCUCGCGCUUUCUCCCUGCAGCGUUCGGUUUGAGAUUAUAUAAACGGGCAACUCUAGGGCAACACCUGAAAGUAUCAUCGGAGAAGGCCACCGCACUUUUCAACACAACAACUUCAAACACAUCUUCUGACGACUCUUCGCAUUCAUCUGCUUUACCUCCUUCUAGCAACUUACUGUCAGCGGCUCCCGCUUCCUCCGACGAGACGCCAGCAGCCUCAACAGAAGGAAACGACACGUUUAACGCACUGCCAGUCUUCUUUCCGCCUUCGGUGGUAGAAGAGGCAACCCGCCCUCUGGGCAUCGCUGUGAGGCCACCGGUGGUCGCUAUCCCAGCUGGUGCGACAGAUUUUGAAGUGCAGAUUCAGCUUCAGCGGAAACCCCGAGGUCAGACAGUGACCGUCCAGAUCGACUGUUAUGCGCUCUCUCCAGUGAAGCCGGUUCUUUCGUCACAAGAAAAAGAAUUAACAGGACAGGAUGCAUUUUCAUCAGACGGUCCAUCUGACGGUCGUUAUCCCGAUGGGUCUUCCGGGACCGGUGUAGGAAACAGCAAGAAUGAGGCACAGGAGGCUGUGAUGACGGCAAAUAUUGGAACGGGCGACAGUAAGCCCGCAAGUGCCUCUCAGAAAGGAUUGAUUCUGUCUGCGCGAGAAGAGAUUAAGCGUCAGGCAUGGAAACAAAGACACUGGAGAACGAUUCACGUGAAGGAAGCGACAAACGCGAGAUGCCGUGUCUCUGCACGGUCGUCAGACCCAGACGAGGAAGUAGUUGUGAAACGUGGCACAUUUAUUGAGCUGCUUAGCCUCACCAAAGCAUUGCCUGUUCAUUCAGAAACCGUGAAGGGAGACAAAAGAAACUCCCGGCCGGCGGGCGCUGCGACCGAUGACAACAAUUUCCCCCCUCCUCCGACACAGCCCUCCCUGUCCGGGGGAGAACGACCCUGGUGGUCGCUGUCAAGGGAAUAUCCAGUCAAUGUUUAUGUCCCUCCACAAAAUCGGAAACAGAGAUGUCAACCCGGGACUCUGCGUGCCCUAGCAGGCACGUCGUGUCUGCCUUGCAUGCCCGGCUUCAGAUGCUAUGAUGAAAAACAUUACGAAUCAUGUGCAUUCCCCACAUGGUCUCCUGAAGGGUCGGCGACGUGCUUAACCCCCGGUCCACACACUAACUCGAUGGGUGUUGGCUCUGCCCCUAUUCCGUGCGGCGAAGGGACUGUGUCUACCGAGGCAUCGGCCAAGUGCAUGCUCUGCCCAGUCAAUCAUAAGUGUGUGGUUGAUCGCAUCGGAAUUGAGACACCAUGCCCCAAAAAAACAUUUUCUGAUCCAGGAGAGGCCGAGUGUCGCUACUGUCCAAAAAACCACGACUGCACAAAAGGCGUUAUCCAGCCAUGCCCGUUUGGGCAAGUCUCUGACAAGAAGGGUACAGGCUGUGUCGACGUAACUGACGGGUCCUACCUCGAUCCCGACUCGAAAAGAGCGAGAACUCUGCCUCAGACAUUUGCCAAUGAUGGAACAGGAAGAAGCUUCACGUGGCUCUACGUGACCAAGGCAUUCACAGGCUGGGUUCCUGGCACCGGGAGUUCCAGCAAGAAGGUGCCGUGCCCCCCCAUGGCUCUGUGCACUGCAGGCUGGUAUAAACUCGGAGUCCUAAAAAACCAAUGGAGCAGCUCGAAGGAUGUCCUCAAUUAUGGGGCAGCAGUACCGGCGGGGUGGUCGAGUAUCUUUGAUCAACCGUCUGCUGAUAGAACGAAACAGAUGUUUGGUUACUAUGGUUGGGCAAGGAAUUCGAUCAGCUUCGGAGAUGAUGACUUUGCUUCCCCUGACAAUCCCUGCCCUACUGGCUACUAUUCAGAUAACACCGUACGUGAGAUCAAAAGCGGCGGUUUUUGCGUGCAACAUUCUAGAUCCCCAGGUUUGGGUUGA